UCGUGAUCAUCAUGGAGAGUGCGUUUCGGAUCGUUGGUCCAGCGUUUGUUUUACUGCUUUUUUUGCUCGGACCCGAGCAAGCCGUACGCUGUCAGGAUAGUUGUCGAACGCCCGACCAUCGGGAUGGUAUUUGUCGAUCGUUGAAACAGUGUUCCAGCAUAUACAAUGAAUAUUUCGAAUCCGACCGGGUGCUGACGCAAGAUGAGAUCGAAUUCCUCCAGCAGCUGAAGUGCAAAACGAACGAAGUGACAAUCUGCUGUCCGGACGGGGUGACGACUUCGGACAGAAACCUCACUUCUGAACGCGGUAGCUUACCGGAUCCGAAAGAGUGGAAGUGUGGACUGGAUACGCUGUCCGACCGGAUCAUCGGAGGGAAUGCUACAGCGCUCGAUGAAUUUCCCUGGUACGCGCUGUUACAGUACCGAUCGAAGAAAGGCACACUGGCGUUCAAUUGCGGCGGUUCGCUGAUAAAUUCUCGUUACGUUCUCACGGCGGCUCACUGUCUUGCGAACAAAAAAAUCGACGAUGGUGAAACAUUGGUUUCUGUGCGGCUCGGAGAGCAUAAUACCGCCACCGAGAGAGACUGUGUAGAACAGGAAUCAGAUUCACUGGAGGAAGAUUGCGCGGAUCCUCCACAAAACUUUGGCAUCGAAGAACAGAUAGUGCACCCUGGGUACGAUAAAAACGGCAAGUACCAGCAUAACGACAUCGCGUUAAUUCGGCUCGACAAAGACGCCCAAAUCAACAACUAUGUACAGCCGGUGUGUUUACCGACGAGCAACUUCAUCCCGACGGCGCCAAAUGUGAACAUCACGGUUGUAGGAUUCGGGCAUACUGGACGUCAGAGACACAGUGGCAUCAAGCUGAAGGCAAUGAUUCCGAUAUACCCCCGAGCGGAAUGUGAGAAGAAGUGGGCAAAAGCGAAUCUUAUUGAGCAGCAACUUUGUGCCGGCGGCAUAUUUGGUAUAGAUUCGUGCAGCGGUGACUCCGGCGGGCCACUUAUGGUGCGCCGACUCUACUGGAUUCAGGAGGGAGUCAUUUCGUACGGAAACCAGUGUGCCCUGGAGGACUGGCCAGGCAUUUAUACUAGGGUCUCAUCUUACAUCGAUUGGAUCAAAGAAACUAUCAGGUCGCCAAGCCAAGUACGCGCUUCUUACGCGAAGGAGGAAAAACAAGACUUGGAGUACUUGAGCUCCGGGCGUAGAAAAACGAAACCGUUGAAUGAUGAAGACGUUGAGAGUCCCACGGUCAAGAUCAUGGGUACCGGAGUGCGUUCGUUACUGCCAUCGUUGGUGCUCCCGUUGUUUCUGUGCGGGUCGCUGUUAGAUGUUUCGCGGGUGUUUGCCUCCGAAGAGGAAGCAGCAUGGGAUCCGGUGCGCCUUUGCGACAUUCCAAACGAGGAAGCUCCGGGCGAAUGUCGGCCACCGGGUGAGUGUGAGGCGUACGGAAAGAUCAACCACGUGUCCAACCUUAGCUCGAUUGCGCGCUUCAGCUUUAUCAAACAGAUCCAGUGCAACGGUUCGGAGCCGGUGCCGUAUGUGUGCUGUCCGCGCAACAGCCAUUCCUACCGUGAACCGUAUGUGAAAGAGACAGAUAGAUCAAAAGAUCGUGCCUCGAGUUGGAAUUCGAUCCGGUCAGAUGACUCGUGUGGUAUCCGGACUACCGUGAUGAUUCGCGGCGGUCAGCUGGCCGAGCUGGAUGAAUUUCCUUGGAUGGCGAUGCUGCUGUACGAGCGUGAGAAUAAUACAUUGGUACAAGGUUGCGGAGGCGCUCUGAUCAGUCGGACCUACGUGCUGACGGCGGCACACUGCGUGACCGGAAGGAACUUCGAGCAGCAAAAGGGACGCCUAAAGUUCGUCCGCCUGCGGGAGUACAACAUCCACACCAAUCCCGACUGCGUGUACGAGGAUAACCUGAAGGAUUGCUCGGACGACAAGAUUGACAUGGAGCCGAAGGAAGUCAUUCCCCAUCCCGACUAUAACUCGGAUUCGUCAAACCAGCAGCACGACAUAGCGCUGAUUAAAAUCGAGCGUACACCACCGUUCGAUGACUUUUUGCGUGCGAUCUGUCUCCCGAUGCAGAACUUUGAGGACACUAACUUUAAUCGCAUAUUAAUAAGCGUGUCCGGCUGGGGGCGAACAGGUUUAUUUAAAAACGAUCUAGGUCCAAACGUACUCAGUCCAAUCAAGCUGAAGCUGAGCCUGCCGUACGUUGAGCGCAAUUCGUGCAGCAAGGCGUUCCAACCGUGGAAGUUCAUGCUCGGUCCGGGCCAGAUGUGUGCCGGAGGUGAGCAUGAGAAGGACACUUGCUCCGGUGACAGUGGGUCACCACUGAUGAGCUAUGACUUUAAACGGGCUGUGUGGAAUAUAACGGGCAUCGUGAGUCUGGGGGUGCGCGAUUGCGGCGUGGCAGGGUUGCCGGGAGUCUACACGUACGUAUACCACUAUCUCCCAUGGAUACGGACGUACAUGCCUUCGUGGGACGAUUGA